GCAUUGUCUCUCCAACAGGAAACAUCCCUCAACUUUAUCUAACACAUUCAAUGUCUUCUUUGCCUACCUAUCAUAUCUCAAUCGCCAUACCCUUUAAUUCAUUGAUUCUCCCAAAUCCUUUCCCACACACACCCUGCCUAUGAUCUCAACUUUCUUCACUGUAACUUACAUCAACAUAUCAAACUUCUUCAUAGAUCUAAACUUCUCGUCACUGAUGGCUCCACAAGGCAGAAUCUACCCACAGCAUGGAUCCAAAGUUACUAUUACUGUAGCCUUCUUUUUUUAUCUCAUUGUUCUACUGCCCAAAUCAGAUGCAGGUGGAUCCAGCGAGAGUGUGGAGGGAAGCAAAGUGGUGAUAGGGUCAAAGCCUCCUGCUUGUGGAAACAAGUGCAUGAGCUGCAGGCCUUGCAUAGCAACUGUGGUCGUUCCUAAUCACAAAAGGAAGGGUUUCAACUUCAAAUUCAAUGGAGUCGACGAUGAUAGCUAUUACCUCCUUUCAUGGAAAUGCAGGUGUGGGGAUAAGUUGUUUCAACCAUAAGUAGUACGUACCCUAGCUACAAUUCUAUGUUCUCACACUAUAUAUACAAGUUAGGAAAAGCAGAAACCUACUUCGGUUGGAGCUAGCUUCUAUUUCUCAAUCUUUGUCUCUUUCUGAUUUUAGUGGACGGACGAUUGAACUUGUCUUCAUCUUUAUCCAUUAAUCUAAGACACUUGUGAGUUGUGACCAUGAAUAAAACUACUUUCAUGAAUUCAACCA